UCUGAAUGUGUAGUGUAUUUAAAUAUAUUGGAGCGAUGGAGGACAUAACCUCAUGAUAUAAAAACUGAAAGAAAUAAUUAAUCAAAUGUUGUAAUGAUGUCCGAGAAGAAUCACAAUACUUUCUUGGAGGCUCGAUAUUAAAACAAAGAAAUUAUAUAUAUACGCUUAAGAAUAAAGUGCCGUCUUUUCUGGAAAAAGAGAACGUAUUUUUGAUAAAAAUAUUCAUGUUUCUAAAAAAAAAGAGAUCCUCUUUUAUCAAGCACAUAUCAUGAAGCGUAACGUACAUCGAUGACAGAAUCACAAGUCAAUAUCAUCGAAACUAGCACAUCGCGAAAAAUGGCCACUACGUGGCAUCAACAGGUCUUUGCGCUUGAUGCAAAGUAUAAUACGUUACGAGCUAACAAGCUUCCUAGUCUGGGUAUGUUGUAUAUUCGUCGAAGAAAUCAGCUGCUUCGAGAGAAACCUUCCAGAGAUCCUGAAAUCAGCACGCGAUAUUUGAAAUUGCGGUCAGAAUUACUACGCCGGCGUUAUGGAGAAAGACAGCAGGAGCAAAAUAGCAUGGGAAGUCAUACGAUUAGUGAAGAUUUAUCAGAAGGAAGAGUUAAACAUCACCUCGUGCAACGAAAAUCAACAGCGGAGAAUUUCGCGUUUGCUGGUGUCCAUCAUAUUUUCGAUCAGCAUAAAGCGCCCAUAACAAUGUUGAAAUUCGCCAACAAUGAUAGAUCCAAAUUGUGUUGCGCGUCAUUGGACGGUACGCUGUCCAUAUGCGAAGUCAUUGGCACACCUCCGAAAGUCAUCGCUUUGUUAGAAGGUCAUUCUGGCGGUGUCACUGCACUCGAUUGGAGCAUCAGUAAUGAUUUAAUAGUCUCUUCCUCUUUGGACACAACAAUUCGGCUUUGGAGAGUUUGCGCGGACGUAGAGCCUAUUUGUUUGCGAGUGGUAAACGAUCAACAGCGAGCGGAAGUCUUAUGCUGUAAUUUUAUACCCGCCAAUAAUAAUCUCAUUGUAGCUGGUAAUUCUCAAGGAUUAAUUCAGAUCUUGAAUGUAUCUACCGGUAUAUAUAUGCGUGGUGGAUCCUGCAAAAUCGGUGGAAAGAUUCUUUCCCUCGCCUGCGAGGGUAGUGGCGGUUCCGUGAUUUGGGCCGGCAAUGAUAGAGGUAUCAUAGUCUCUUUUCGAUUGGAACCUGGUGUAGGGCGGUUGACAAAAUUGCAACGGGUACAAGAAACUGGCGGAAUGAUAACUAGCCUUUCUUGGCGUUCCUGGCUGUCAAAAGACGCUCCUUGGGCAGCGUUGUUAGUGAGCAGUGCAUGCAAUGCCGUGUUAUUGUAUCGUAUUGCAGACAAUCACGGUUCUCUAUAUUUCUGGAGAAAGUAUCCUAUCAAGCAUAGGCAUUAUGUGUUGAGGUCCACCUUCUGUCCACAAAUGGGUGCAUGUUUAAUAGCCACUGGAUCAGAAGACGGGGCCGUUCACUUGCUGGAUUCAGCGAGGGAGGGAAAGGCCGCCAGAAUCAAUCGACUACUCGGUCACGCGACACCUGCGUUAGCUUUGUCUUUUAAUUAUGAUGAAUCCCUACUUGCGUCCGCAGACCACGACGGACAAAUUAUUUUGUGGCGCAAUCAUCAACGUCAUUUGUAAAGCAUUCUUCUGUUUUCAGAAUUUUUAGGAUAAAAAAAGAAAAAUAAUUUGUCCAAGUUCUAAGGCUAAUUAUGAAAGUAUCACAUUUGCAAUUACAUUAAGUUACUUAUUAUGAGACUUUCAUAAUUGCAAAACGCGAUUUAUAAAUGCAUAGAUUUGUCUAGGAUAUGGAAAAGAAAGUUUUUCAAGUUUUGUACAUAUCGAUCUCUCUAUACUUGUGUAAAUAAAAAUUAAUAUAAAAUUUUAGGACAUUUAUAAAAAUUUUUUUCAAAACAUGGGAUUGAUUGAAGAAACAAUGCUUCUUUCUGUAUAACAAUAUAUUAAUUGUUCUCUAUUUCAUUUUAUAGUGAGCACAAAGCAGUAUUAAUAGUAAUAAUAGUAGUGUGGUGAUAGCGAGAGACGUGACCGAGCACUCGCGGUGCUAUUAUAAUAGUUAUUUGUUCGUAUAACUUUUUCAAUAUCACGCUCGUGAAAUAAUAGUGGCAUAAAAACCACACAGUUUUCACGACGCUCUUCUACGCUUACAUUUCAAUAUUCUGAUUCGUUCUGGUUCCAAUAAUCUAUCCGUGUGUCCAGUAUGAAUAAUUGUACAAUGAGAUGUACAUUAUCGCAAAUAAAUACUUGUAAAAAUCUCUCUAAAA